CGGAAAAUACACAAAGCUUGUGUUGGUACACCGCUCCCGUCGUAUUACGACACACACACAUAUUGAGCAAUAGAGAGACAACAUCACCGUGCAGAAGCACCAGGCACUUCUAAACAAGCAUCGUCUAGGUAUGAUCACAGCUGUCCGAGACGCACUCAUCUCAGUUCUAUUCGUAUGGUUCACGUUCUGCCAGGCGGAAGCAGCGGGUACUGAUUGUAACAACUCUACGCUCACUGCUACACGUUCUCGCAAGUAUUUUACUUACCCCGGCUAUACAGAUGGCCAUGAUAGGAACAUUGCAUGUAGGUGGACUAUUACAGCAUUUCCAGGUGAAACCGUCCAAGUUCGGAUCGUAGGCUCAGAUUUGGAAAAGCGCGUUUGUCUACGUUGUAGACCCGGGGAUCUCAUUGAAGUGACAGAUGGCACCAGCGUCUGGCCUACUGACAAGUUAGGGUUGUUUGCAACACACAGCAACUCCAGAAUUAUCAGCAGAAGAAAUUCUCUCACCAUUUCACUCAGACCCCGUGCCGAUGGAACUGGAGGAGAUGGAUUCAAAGUCCAGUACAGCUCGGGUGUAUUUUACGACAACACGUUUCCUGUAGUGGAGUUAGAGGCAGGGACCGAGAGUCAAGUCUUUGAGCCUCCAGCCCUUCCGCCAUACUACCCAAAUCGUUUCGAGAUGGGAUGGAGGAUAAAGACGACGUCACCAAACGGGAGGCUGCGUAUCAGGGUCCUUUCCUCUUCUCUUACUCGCGAAUGUUCAAGUAACUACAUGGAAGCAUCAGACGGUUACAGUGACAACUUCCGCUCGCUUGGGAGGUGGUGUAAACAGGAGACGCCGGAAAAGCUUGCUACUGGUAGCUACAUGUUCAUUCUCUUAACCUGCAACAGCCCUAUUGGGGUAGGGUUUGGCUUCUCUAUUGAAUACGGGACUUAUGUGGAAGCUACAACCCCUGCAAGUGAUGUAUCAGAAGGAGGCGGUGUAUCAAUCGAUGUCAUAGCAGGUACAUUUACAGGAGUCAUUGCAUUUGUGGCCGUGACAUUCCUAGUAUCUAGAAUAAUAUGUGACAGGAUGAAAAUGAGAGACCUAGAUUCUGUGCACGAAGAGGAAGGCCUCUCCUUGGAAGACCCCCACGGACAAAUACCAAGCACCGUGAUGGCACCAUCAGCACCCAUGAUGCCGAACACUAACCCCACCGUCGACCCGUCGGUGCCGCCACCAACGUACGAUGACGUGAUGAUGAAUAAUACACUAUAUAACCCCGUUAAGAGAACAUGACGACAGCACAUGUUGCAGUGACAUUCAAAUUAUGUUGUAAAGAGUCAUUCCAGACAUUGGUUGAUAUUGCAAGCAAUGAUCGACUCCAGCAGAGAAGAAGACUGUUUUCGUAAUCAAAGUGCAAUAUUCUAGGGCCUAGAUUUCCGAGCUCUCUUAGCGCUAUGAUAGUCGUAAGUUAAUGUUUAUGUAUGGCACUUACGACUAUCAGCGCUAAGAGAGCUUCGAAAAUCUGGGCCCAGUUGUGUUACUGCGGCCGGGGGAUAUUAUCGCCUCUUACGGCCAGUAAAGGUUAACUGGAACCGAAUUUAACCAGGAAUUACAAGUAUGGCAUGGAUGCUUGUAGGUGAAGGCUAUAUUACUAAAUCCUCAAUACUCUAGUAAUGUUACUGCAGCCAGUGAUAUAAUCUAUCCUAUAUAAUCGGUCAGGCCAACCAAUAGUUUACAGCCAUGACACACAAUGUCGGGCCCGGUCACCAUCUGUCAGGUCAGACAUUGUGACCAUCUGAUUCCCAUUCGCCGUCUCAAACGACGAGAAUUAUCUCAUUGAACAAUUCUUUAACGGGAUCACUAAAGAAUGAAUAGAAGAAACAAAAGAAAUAUCUUUCGAUGUUGUUGUUCUUGUAGCAGACUUGUUUUGUGACUCUUAUCCUUAGCGGAAAAUGGGACUUUAUUUAUUGAUAACCUGAUCAUGCAAGUGAUAUAUUUUGUCAUGUGGAUAUGCUGUCUAAGCUUACCACCUAUGUGUUUUAUAUUUUAUUUGCAAUAAAACUGUUUAUUAUUUAA